GCCGAAAGCGUGUAACCAUAAAACUCGGCCUACAAUAAACCCAACCCUGUGUGCUUAUAUAUAUAAGCGUCUCAUCUUUCUCAUUGUCUAACCCUAGUUUUUCAAGCCGCAGCACAGAACAAUUCGCCAUGGGAAGAAGACCUGCAAGAUGUUAUCGUCAGAUUAAGAACAAGCCGUACCCCAAAUCUAGGUACUGCCGUGGUGUGCCCGAUCCUAAGAUUAGGAUCUAUGAUGUUGGCAUGAAGAAGAAGGGAGUCGAUGAGUUCCCGUUCUGUGUCCAUUUGGUUUCGUGGGAGAAGGAGAAUGUCUCGAGUGAGGCAUUGGAGGCUGCUCGUAUUGCUUGCAACAAGUACAUGACCAAGUUUGCUGGGAAAGAUGCUUUCCAUCUAAGGGUCAGGGUUCAUCCUUUCCAUGUCCUUCGUAUCAAUAAGAUGUUGUCGUGUGCUGGGGCUGAUAGGCUCCAAACUGGUAUGAGGGGUGCUUUUGGAAAGCCAUUGGGAACUUGUGCACGUGUCAGUAUUGGGCAGGUUCUCCUCUCUGUACGCUGCAAAGACAACAACAGCCCACAUGCUCAGGAGGCUUUGCGUCGUGCUAAGUUCAAGUUUCCUGGACGUCAAAAGAUCAUUGUUAGCAGGAAAUGGGGAUUCACCAAGUUUAGCCGGACUGAUUACGUUAAGUGGAAGGCAGAGAACCGCAUUCUUCCUGAUGGUGUCAACGCCAAGCUUCUUGGUUGUCAUGGACCUCUUGCAAGACGUCAGCCCGGGAGAGCAUUUAUUGAUGCCGUCACUGCCUAGAGAAUCAUGUCCCAUAUCGAUGUUAUGAGAAUGAGCCAAUUUGCCCAUGUUGGAUGUCAUACAUUUGCUGGGAAAUUGGAUCAUAUUUGUUUUUCUAGUUUAUUGCCUUUUUGGCUAGAAUUUGUGUUGAGAACUCUAUAUAAAAGAGCUAGUAUGUUGGAGUUACUAUUUACCUGGCUUCUAUUGUCUUCAUGCUUUUGUUCCUUUAAAAUACUAAUGGAUAUGAAUUUUGAUGCCUUC